GUCAGAGUUUAAUGACACGCUUUUCUUGAUGGGCGGUUUUGGGGGAUGGCCGGAAGACGACCCGAGGUACAACGGGAUGCGAUGCAGGAACGACGUGUACAAGACAAAAGAUGGCGUGGCCUGGUCUGUCGUGACCGAGAGCGCCGAUUGGGGCCCUCGAGGAUGGUUCGACGUUGCCACCUUGACCAAGGUCUCCGAUCCCUACUCGGACGUGACUCCCUCGUCGCAAUCCCGAACUUUCACGGGAAACGGCCCUCGCAUGUGGCUCGCGGGCGGCGGGUAUAUGGGGCAGAACGGCAACAGCAUCGUCUCUUCCAUGAUCGGCUACGUGGAUAUGUGGUUUAGCACGGACGGGCUCACCUGGCACCAGGUGGUGAACUACGAAGAAGGAUCAACCGGGUCGAACCUGUACUCCAGCAUGGAAUGGGCUCUCACGGAGGUCGACAACAUCCCUACGUACCUCGGCAAGUGGGGGCACAGGAUGCUGGCGUGGACGGCAGACGGUGACGACGGAGUGAAAGAGCCCGCGCUGUACCUGAUCGGGGGCGACGCUGUCGAGGGCGGGUCUUUCGUCAGCGACGUCUUCGUCAGCACCGAAACACGUGAGAACCUAACCCUGUAA